AUGGCCAAGUCUAAAGAAGAUAGUCCGAAUUUCAUGUUUCCACGGGACGCGGCUAGAUCGAUUGCUGCUCAGUGUUUUAUGGGAGUGUCUUAUUUACAUGCAAACGGAAUAUGUCACGGAGAUCUUCAUCUACAUAACUUGCUCCUGCGUGUCUCCAAUUUUGAUAAUCUGAGCACGGAUGAAUUAUACAAGCGUUUUGGAAAGCCGUACGAGGCCCCAAUUCGACGAUUAGACGGGAAACCUAACAAGCCCCACGCACCGUCACAUGCCAUUUAUUGCAUGGCUUGGGACAUGCCUGCAAACAAACUUGCAGAACCAGAGAUUGUCAUAUCUGAUUACGGAACAUCGUUCAUUGUAUCCCAAACACCCUCGCCGACGCUUCAUACACCAAUCCUUUACGCCCCUCCGGAGGAAUUCUUCAACGAACCCAUCACUAAACCGACUGCGGCUGAUAUAUGGACACUCGGGGUUAAUUUAUAUGAUGCUCUGGGUGAGCGUCCACUUUUCGAAACUUUUGCUUGGGACCCAGACGAUAUUAUCGCAGAAAUGAUCAAUACCCUUGGACAACCACCUGAGAGAUGGUGGGAUGCUUGGGCUAAGCGGUCUGAAUUCUUCGAGGCAGAUGGUUCAUGGGUCGCUGACUUCCGGCGCAUUAGUGACCCUAUUUUCCGGCGCCUUCCGCAGCGCAUCUGGGAGAUGGGUCGUGGCGAGACGCCAGAAACAUGUGAAUGGGACGUUACUGGCGGCGAAUUUCAUGCAUUAGAGUGUCUUUUUCGGGCCAUGUUGUCAUUUGAACCGACCCAGAGGCCGACUGCCGAACAGCUCUUAACAUUUGAGUACACUGUCAAGUGGGCGAUGCCGGCAUGGGAAAAAAAGAUAAAGAGAUCUCGUAUGCGUACUCUGGAGAAGAGAUGA